AUGUUGGCAAUAAAACCUUCCAGCCAGAAGCCCGAAAAAUGCUCAGCCAACGUGCUACCUUGCCAGAUCAAGUACGACGGGCCAAUCGAGGCGAAGCAAAGAUAUUGGAAGCCAGUGGAGACGCAUGACGGCUCUAAGAGCGCAUAUUUUCGGGGUCGCGAACUUCGUGGUACCGACGUGGCUCUUCCUGAGGGCUUCCGUGGCAGCGUUCUGCAGAUCACAGAGAAGAGGUUGCAUCCUCCACCAGCGGACAGCGCUCCGGACAGCGAUGAAGAGGAGAUACCGGAAGAUAUCAAGAUAGCAGAAGAGCUUGCAGCUUUCGACAGCGUAACGGUAUGGGGCCACGACUCUGCGCCAUCCGAGACCGAAGACGCAUACUUUAAAGGCCUGAAAGAGUGGAUUGCUUUCUCCACAGCUGUACGUGAUUUUGGCCUAUGUCGUGAUCGCAACUGA